AUGUUUUCUAGUCUUUCCUUCGUAUUUUUCGCGUGUGUGGUUUGUUAUAAUCUUACUUUAUCCGAUACUAAUAAUUAAAAGUUAAAAAUAAAGAAAAGAAUUGCUGUAAUUAUAUAGAAAAUAUUUGUAAAUCAUGGCUUUAAAUUUAAGACUUCUUCAGUUUAAUCUGCCACUUAUUUUCAAAUCUACAUUAAGAAAUAAUUUAAGCGGUACUGUCUAUUUCAGAAUAAAUCGUUCUAUUUUCACGGAUAAAACAAUAGGCAUGAACAAUUAUGAAUAUAUAAGAUCACAGAUGCGUCAGCAAUUUACAAAUGUAGAAGCUUCAUUUCGUACAAAAAUGCAAGAAAUUGUUAAUAAUGAAGUCAGUGUUGUUUUUACAGAAGAUCUAAAAGCUAUGUCGCAUUUAGUAACCGAUAAUGCUGAUGAUUUAGACUUAUUUGUUAAAAUGAUAUAUAAAUUUAAUUCUCAAAACAAAGAGCUAAGGUUUGGUAAUUACGUAUUCGGUCCUGUAAUAAUGAGAGCUUUUAAUUAUGUGAACAGACCAGAUUUAGCAUUGUCUACAUUUCUUGAUCCAAAUCUAACAUCAUUUUUUAAUCAAAGCAUGAGUUACACAGUAUUGAUGACAUCAUUGUAUAACCAUAAAAUGUACAGUGAUGUACGGAAAGUAUUUGAUAUAUAUAAACAAAAUUCUCUUAAUAGUGAACAAUUUCCAAGAUUGCCAACUAUUGUUACUGCUGCUGCUUGUUAUCAAGAGAAUACCCUAGAAUCAUACAAUUAUCUAUUACAAAGUUGGAAAGAAUUGUCUGAAUAUAAUUUUCCACCUUUGCGUAAACUUAUAACAUUUUUAGCAGCUCUAGCAUUAAAACAAAAUUCUCCAGAGAUUACUUUAGAAUUAAUGUCAUUAAUAAGAGCACGUCAUAUUCAUAGUAGAUGUUUGAGAAUUCUUGCAUACAGUAAGCUUAACAGAUACAACGAUGUUGCCUAUAUAUUGAAAAAUUCACUUGAAGGAAGUUAUAAAAUCCAAGAAAGAUAUUUUUCAGACGUCAUUCAGAAACUUGAAGAAGAUUUGGAAAAUAUCGACGAUGAUCUUAAACCAACAAUAAUAAAAUUAAUUUCACUUCUGAAGGUACAAGAACAUAUAGAAAACGAGACUUUGGAAUCUCAUUUAACCAGGCCAAUUGAAUUCAUUUACAAGCGUUCUAAUUUAGAUCAACAAAAAGACGUAUUCAAGAAAACUCAGCAAAGAAGGAUUAUUGGUUUAAAGGAUCUUAUAUAAUCAUAAAUAUCUUUUUAUAAUUUAUUGUAGCAUAUAUAUUUACAAAAUAUAUCGUGCAUAUAUUCAUAAAAUAAUUGUAAUUAGAUGAUA